GAUAUUUUUGUGGUCUUCCAAGUUGCAGUCUCCCUCUGCAAAGCGUAGCUCUCCAGUCUGCUCAGACUUUGAAGUGGCAAAAACCAAAGCCGUGUCCGCACCCGCACGAGGGUCAUAGCACAGUUGCCAAAAAACUCUCCUUAACAUCUACACCUUACAGCCUACGGAGAGAGAGAGAGACACAGAGACGCGCAUGUAUGCGGCUGAGGUUUUGGGUAAAUUCUCAGUGUACAGGGAGAGUGCCCCUCUAUCUGUAUCAAUGGCCUCGACCCAAUGUCUCAGAAAUUUCAUUCUAAUUAGCCCACUCACAGCUCAUAUCAAUACGCAUGUGAUCUCCGGCAGAGCUCCAAUGCCGCCGAUGAUGAUGAGGUAUCGCUGCAGCAUGGACGCCAAGUCCGUCGGUGGCGACGUGUUCUCGGUGACGUCUUCGAGUAAGUCCGACGUUGAUUAUCUGGGAGAAAGCACCAAAGGGGAUUUCAAUCUCAAGUCGGAACAUCUUCAGGGUUUGGGAAUUGACGGUCAGGCAAGCUUAGAAGGUCCAAUUGAGGAAAUUGCACGGGUGGAAGCUCAGGAAGCUGAGGUUUUGCUUAGAGACUUGGGUAUCCCGAACCCUUCUUCGUCAAGAGAUUCACCUCGUGGUAUAUUUUGCAGUCGUACUUUGAAUCUUCGAUCAAUCAGUGCAAUUGGAUACGAUAUGGACUAUACCCUGAUGCAUUAUAAUGUGAUGGCUUGGGAAGGACGGGCAUAUGACUAUUGUUUGGAGAAUUUAAGGAACAUGGGUUUUCUUGUUGAUGGACUUACUUUUGACCCAGACUUGGUUAUUAGAGGCCUUGUCAUAGACAAAGAGAGAGGUAACUUGGUCAAGGCUGACCGAUUUGGGUAUGUAAAGAGGGCUAUGCAUGGCACCAAAAUGCUUUCUACUCGAGCUGUAAGUGAGAUGUAUGGAAGAGAACUGGUGGAUCUGCGGAAAGAGAGUCAAUGGGAGUUCUUGAAUACACUAUUCUCAGUUUCAGAAGCUGUGGCUUAUAUGCAGAUGGUCGACAGAUUGGACAAUGGUGCAAUAGCUGCAGAACUUGGUCCACUUGAUUAUAAAGGGCUUUUCCAGGCUGUUGGAAGGGCUCUCUUUAGGGCACAUGUUGAAGGUCAACUUAAGAGUGAGAUAAUGUCCAAGCCCGAACUGUUUGUUGAACCCGAUCCAGAACUGCCUUUGGCACUUUUGGACCAAAAGGAGGCUGGUAAAAAGCUUCUGCUUAUUACCAACUCAGAUUAUCAUUACACAGACAAAAUGAUGCAGCAUUCCUUUAACAGAUUUCUUCCCAACGAUAUGGGUUGGCGCGAUCUAUUUGAUAUCGUAAUAGUCUCAGCAAGGAAGCCAGAAUUCUUCCAAAUGUCUCACCCGAUGUACGAGGUGGUGACAGGGGAGGGCCUUAUGCGUCCAUGCUUCAAGGCUCGCACAGGGGGCUUGUAUUCAGGUGGAAGUGCCCAGAUGAUUGAGAAUUCACUAAAUAUCCAUGGAGAUGAGAUAUUGUAUGUUGGUGACCAUAUUUACACUGACGUAAGUCAAUCCAAAGUCCAUCUGCGAUGGCGAACAGCAUUGAUUUGCCGAGAACUGGAAGAAGAGUAUAGUGCUUUGAUUCGUAGCCAGGGUCAUAGAGCAUCACUUAUAGAGCUUAUAAAUCAAAAGGAGGUAGUAGGAGAACUUUUUAACCAACUACGGCUUUCUCUGCAAAGGCAAAUAAAAGGACGUCCUGCGCAAACCCUUGCUGCAACCAACAUGGAUGAUCAAGAACUUGCAGAAAGCAUGCAAAAGCUGCUUAUUGUUAUGCAAAGACUAGACGAAAAAAUUGCUCCAAUGCUAGAAGCGGAUGGAGAGCUCUUCAACAGAAGGUGGGGAUUCCUUUCACGUGCAGGUCUGUGGGAUAAAAGCCAUUUGAUGAGACAAGUCGAGAAGUAUGCUGAUAUAUAUACCUCCAGGGUCUCAAAUUUCUUGCAUUAUACACCCUUCAUGUAUUUCCGUUCACAGGAACAGACGCUUGCUCAUGAUUCGCAUUCGUAUUACCAAUCUCAAUUCAAUGGGACUGCCGUUGAGAACUAACUCCAACAUUUGUGUUGUAAAUUAACAGAAUUUUUUAUCGGCAACAUUGUUACUCAUGACAGUGAUUAUGGUCAUGUAGAGCAUCAUUUUAUGUGUAUUUCAUGACGAUACCGACUCAAACAAUGUUCUGUACAAAUGUAUAAUGGUAAUAGCCUAACACGGCAUAUUGAAACAAACUAAAUAAUUGAUGUA